CGCCGGCGUACCGGCCGCGGCGGUUCUCCCUCGGGGGUCAUGUCGCCCGGCCCGGCCCGGCCGGGCGGCGCGGCCCAGGCCCCGGCGCCCGCGGCGAGCGCCCGCGAGGGGCCAUGAUCCGGCUGGGCGGCUGGUGUGCGCGGCGGCCCCGCGGCGCGGCGGGCCCGGCGGGGCGGCGCGGGGCGGCGGGCGGGCCGGCGGGCCGGGCGGGCGGCCGCGCCCUGCGGGUGCUGGUGGACAUGGACGGCGUGCUGGCCGACUUCGAGGGCGGCUUCCUCAGCAAGUUCCGCGCGCGCUUCCCCGAGCAGCCCUUCAUCGCGCUGGAGGACCGGCGCGGCUUCUGGGUGUCGGAGCAGUACGGCCGCCUGCAGCCCGGGCUGAGCGAGAAGGCCAUCAGCAUAUGGGAGUCGGAGAAUUUCUUUUUUGACCUUGAGCCUCUACCAGGGGCUGUGGAAGCUGUGAAGCAGAUGGCCAACCUAGAAAACACUGACGUCUUCAUCUGCACGAGCCCCAUCCAGAUGUACAAGUACUGUCCCUAUGAGAAGGUUUGUUUGGUCACCCGCGCAGUAUUCACUGAGACGUGGUUCCUGACCUCAAGGAGUUUCCCUUCUGGAGGGCAGAGAGGUGCGAAACAAGUGACUGUCCAGUACGCCUGGGUGGAGAAGCACUUCGGCCCUGACUUCCUGGAGCAGAUUGUGCUGACCAGAGACAAGACCGUGGUCUCUGCCGACCUUCUCAUAGACGACCGGCCGGACGUCACAGGCCCAGCUCUUACCAACAGUUCUACUCACGGCUCUCCGGCCUGUCCAGCUCGCCACUCCUGGGGCCAGCCUUCAAGCCCAGCCACCAGCCUCCUCACCUUCAGAUCGUUCCUGCGUUUUCCACCCUUACCCUGGAGUGAUCCUGUGGAAAUGCCAACCAGGUCAUGUUACCCCUCCCUGAAACUCCCCAGUGCCUGUCCCCGCCGCCCCCUGCCCUGUGAGUUUCUCUGGGGAAGCCUGUCCUGGUGGCCUCCCCUGACUUCUCUGGCCCCAGUGCAGGCCCUGCCUCUCCUGCCCUCAGGUUCUUGCCCACACACUCUUCUAUCUGGAGCUUUAUUUCACGCCUCCCUUCCUCCCACCUCUAUGCUGCCUUUAGCUCUCAGCUUCUGGGGAAGCCGUUUUGAUCUUCCCUCUAAGGGGACUCAGCUCUCACUUGGGCCUUUACAGUCCCCUGUGCUUCUGGGGGCUUCAGCAUGGUGUUCACCUACUCAGUCUUUGCCAUUUAUGAGCUGUGUGACCUCGGGUAAGUUACCAAAUCUCUCUGGGCCUCAGUUUCUUUGUUUCUUCAUCUGUGAAAUAGGUUAAUAGUGUUUGCCCCUCCAGAUUCAGCCUCCAACCUUCUCCACUCUGCCCGUGGUCCUGGACGCUGACCCUCAGGCAGCAUUUUCGUGUCCUCUGGCUUCAACGGGAGGUGCCAUCAGAGAGCAGAGGGAGGGAGGGAGCGGUCAAGAAGUCUCUUCCCAGCCCCCUUCUUGCCGCAGGCCAUGUGCCUCACAGAGGGGCAGCCCCGGGGGUGGUGACAACUUCCCCUGUGGCUGCCCUUUGGGGGCCUCUUGAUUUUCCCUUAACUCUGUCUAAGUCACUGUCAAUAGUCGCUUUGUUAGUAUGUCUCCACGGAGCCAGGGGUGAAUCUGUUUCUGCCUCCCAAGGCUGUUGAGAGGAUUCAGUGAGAGCUCUCAGGAUAAUGCCCUCAGCACAGGCCUGGCUCGCCUCAAUUUCACUUCUUAUUACUUUUCCUGGAGCACCGCGCCCUCACAUUGUUUCGCAAGUGAUGGUUUUCUUACCUGUUUCUGCCAGCAGACUGGAUCUGAAAUGCAGAGACCUUUCUCAGCUGUAUCCCCAGUGCGCGGCUGACAAGAGCGUUUGAUGAGUCAGUGGUCCCAUCUGCCUGUGUGCAGCAGAGGCAGGAGUGCCCACAGGCCCCCUUGUGCAGCUGUUCAGGUUGUACACUGCAGAGGUGCCUGGCCCGGGGAACAAGGGGGGCCAAAAUAGCCUGUGCUCUUCCCACCAAGCUGCCCUGUGGCAGAAAGAGGUGUCUUUCCUAAUUUGCUCGAAGGGGCUGUGUGAAUUCGUGGUUCCCUGGUCUCUACCCCCAAACCUAGUUUUUAUUCCUUUACACAGGAGACUCCAUCCUCCUGCCUGUGUUCUACCUCCUCAGCCCCUGGGCACCUCCCUUCGCAUUAGUUCCUCUCUGUCUUCCAGGAAGCCAGCAGCUCCCCGAGGAGGUGUCCUGGCUCGAGCAAGGCCUGCAGAAACCAGCGGGGACAGGAUCUCCGCGAGACGGUCUCUGGCCCCUUAAGCAUCGGAGCCACUGAGCUUCCAGAUAAAUGGAGGCAGACAACAGAGAGCGAGCGGUCAGGCCCAGGAGAAACCAGUCGUGGACGGCUGCAGAAAUAAGGACCCUGGCAGUCCAGCGGCCUCAAAGUGGACUAACAGGCAAUUACACCAGAGUGCCCCCCUCCAGCCCCAAGCCCGUUAAACAGAGGGCGGCUUUAACCAAAUCCUGUCUAAAGAGCUCUAUUUAGAGUCUGCUUAAUAUAAAUUUUUCCGUAUGAAGGAAAAAAAUCCCAGCAAUGCAGAGAUUGUCCUCCCGGGAAGCUUUUAGUACGUGGGUUGGGGAGGCCCCGAGUGCUGCUGAAACGCCCGGUGGGCAGAGGGCGGAGGCGCCGUUUCAGCCUGUUGUGUGUCUCUCUGCCAGGGCCUCCAUCUGCCCCCAGCCUCCUUCGUAUUGGGAACCCAGAACGGCUCCACCGUGGGGUGACCCACCUCUCGGCCUCUGCCCAGGACGCUCAGACCUCGACAGGGACCAGAAGUGGGGCCCUCAGGGACUGGGCCUGGACUCCGCCUGGGUGUGAGAAUCACACUCACUUCACCCCCCCACCCUGUGAGGAGAGAGUACUGCCAAGGAGGCCCCCCUCUGGGCAGCACCCGAGCGUCUCAGCCCUGGCUGCGCUGGGAGUCACUGGGGAGCUUUCCAGAUGCUGUUGCCCAGGCCCCGCCCCGGGAUUCUGGUCAGUUGGUCUGGAGUGGGACCUGGUGUGGGAACUGUCCUCUCAAAUAAAGAGUCUGGGUGAAGGUUAAUUAAAGGAGUUUAUCUGAUAA